GAGAAAGCCAACAAAAUAGUUAUGCGUCAAUAAUGUUUUAAAAGUAUUGGCAAGUUGUCACUUCGUAAAACUACACAAAUAUAAAUUUAAAUGAAACUUUUUUAAGAAUUUACGUUUUUAAAAUGGGCGAUGAAGGAAAGAUUCCACCAGGCAAAAGCCUAAAGACAUGUUGUGGCUUUCAUUGGAAGGGUAAAGCUACGGUUUUAAUACCGUUGGUAACUUUACCCAUUUUAAUCUAUGGCUUUAUGAAGAAAUCACCAGAGUACAAAUGCAUGUAUCUCGUUGUUAAUAUGGCUAUGUAUUGGAUAACAGAAUGUAUUCCCCUCUACUUAACAUCCGUGUUUCCUAUUGUAUUUCUCCCACUUCUGGGCAUUUUGAGCUCGGAGCUCGUUUGCAGUUUGUACUUUACAGAUACGUUGGUAAUGUUUCUGGGUGGACUUAUUAUGGCGCUGGCCAUUGAAUACUGCAAUCUGCAUCAACGCAUUGCUUUGGGUACGAUUCUAAUUGUAGGAUGCAGUCCCCGACGCUUGCACUUUGGCUUGGUGAUGGUCACGUGCUUUAUAUCGCUUUGGAUUUCAAAUUCGGCUGCCACAGCAAUGAUGUGUCCCAUAGUAAAGGCUGUUCUCAAUGAAAUGGAAGGCCAAAAAAUUUUUGCCGUUUACAUGACCCAAGAGGAAGAACCAGUUGAGGAGGGCGAAAAACCUCAUCCUUCAAUUAUAUCGAUGGCAUUCUAUUUUGGCGUCGCUUAUGCUGCUACAAUCGGUGGCUGCGGCACACUCAUUGGCACCGGCACAAAUCUAACAUUUAAGGGAUUAUACGAAACACGCUUUCCAAAUUCAAAGGAAAAAGUCAAUUUUCCCAUUUUCAUGGCUUAUUCGAUUCCCAUUGUGGUGAUAGUCAACAUUUUUUUACUCUACUUUUCCCUUCAACUAACCCACAUGGGUUUUCUGAGACCAAAUAGCAAGAUCGGAGCUGAGGUGAAGAGUGGAACUGCAAAUAAGGACUUAGUUAAGGCCGUUGUCAUUCAGCGUUACAAGGAAUUAGGGGCAUGGACUUGCCACGAAAUUCAAGUUGCAGUUAUGUUUGUACUGAUGGUUCUAUUACUGUUUACUCGGAGUCCAGGGUUCACUCAGGGAUGGGGUGAUUUUCUUAAUGCCAAAGCUGUCGGCAGCUCCGCUCCAGUAUUUCUACCAGUUGUUCUACUGUUUGCAAUGCCCACUCAAUACACAUUUUUAAAGUAUUGCUGUGGCUCUGCUCCAUUCACUGGUCGUACCAUGGAUGCUUGCAUCUCCUGGGUGUUCAUACACAAGCAUACCCCAUGGGGUCUAUGUUUUUUACUGGGAGGUGGCUUCGCCAUCGCUGAGGGUAGCAAGGUCAGUGGAAUGGCCAAAAUGUUGGGUGACUCCUUGUCUUUUGUAUCCGCCUUACCAGACUUUAUGGUGGUCGGACUUACACUGGUCGUUAGUCUAGUGUGCACAGCUUUCAGCUCCAAUGUCGCCAUCUGCAACAUUCUCAUACCCAUCUUCUGUGAAAUGGCACUCGCUAUUAAGAUGCAUCCUUUGCUCCUUACAUUGCCAUCCAUGUUGGCCAUUAGCAUGGCCUACCAUCUGCCGGUCAGCACACCUCCGAAUGCUAUUAUUUGUGGAUAUGCCGGCAUAAAGACGAAAUAUUUGGCGCUUGCUGGCAUACUUCCGACUGUAUGGGCUCUAGUUUGCCUUUGGCUUAAUGCCAUGACUUGGGGAUUGGUUAUAUAUCCAGAAACCAAGAAAUUCCCCUCGUGGGCCGAUGAGGAAUAAAUUGUUUAACAGUAUAUCAAAAUUCUAUGUUUACAAAAUAUAUUAUAAAUAAAGUGUUCAGAUUUGUUUGGUAAUAACGU